UUGGUCGACGCCGACUCGUCUCAGCCAAUCAGUAUCGUCGCCCAGCUCGGCCUGUGCGCGCGUCUCAGCCAAUCAGCACGCGCCUACUCCGCAUCUCAUCAGGGCGGACUUGGUACGGCCAGCAAGGGCACAGCGUGGUAUGGGUCAAGGGCAUGGAGAAGUACACUAUCCUUAAGAAGAUUGGCGAGGGCUCCUAUGGAAAGGCUUUGCUGGCAAGGAUUAAGGAGAGCGGCCAGCAGUGUGUUAUCAAAGAGAUCAACCUCACUAAGAUGAAGGCUAAGGAUCGAGAAAGCUCACAAAAGGAAGUUGUGCUAUUAUCCAAAAUGAGGCAUCCAAACGUUGUCACCUUUAUGGAAUCUUUUCAAGAUCAUGUAAAACUGUGCAUUGUGAUGGAGUAUUGCGAGGGAGGGGAUCUGCUUCAAAGGAUCAACAGCCAGCGUGGGGUCCUCUUUUCAGAAGACCAGGUAUUGAACUGGUUUGUUCAAAUCUGCUUGGCCGUUAAACAUAUUCAUGAUCGUAAAGUGCUCCACAGAGACAUAAAAGCACAGAAUAUCUUCCUUACCAACAACAAAUCAUCCAUCAAGCUUGGGGACUUUGGAAUCGCCCGGAUUCUCACUAACACAAUGGAGCUCGCACGCACGUGCAUAGGUACCCCUUACUACCUCUCGCCAGAAAUCUGUGAAAACUGCCCCUACAACAAUAAAAGUGACAUCUGGUCUCUGGGCUGUGUUCUAUAUGAACUGUGCACGCUGAACCACCCUUUUGAGGGCAACAGUCUCCGCCACCUGGUGAUGAAAAUUUGCCAGGGCUCCUACAAGCCCCUGUCAUCCCGAUACUCCUAUGAUAUCCGCAGCGUGCUGGCCCAGAUGCUCAAGACAAACCCUCGGGACAGACCCUCAAUCAACACUAUCUUGUGCAAAUGCUUCCUUUCCAGCCGCAUCCAGAAGUUUCUGGGACCAGAGCUAUACAAUGAAGAGUUCAGUCACACUGUGAUACACAGCAAGAAGGCUGUGUCUGGGCAACGAGCAAAAUUGGCACAACAAGGCAAAGCUCACAUGUACUGUGACACCGACAUUGUGAAGCCACAAUUCAAGUCAGGAAAAGCUCCUCGUGCCAAUCCUUCAGUGGCCCAGGUGCCCAGGAAGGUGGUAGCAGACAGGGCGGUGUCCCCUGCUGUGAGGAAGCAGAGGCCACCGUGGUCUCAUGCUGGCAUCAACCCUCCCUUGCCUCCCUCUGCUCAAGCGAAGCGAAAUGUAUUGGCCGCCCAGGCGAUGGAAGCCCGAUGCAAACCAUUUACUGAGAGAGUGGACUCUCCGCCGACGGAUGGCCAACGGGCCAAAUACGCCUACUACCACGCACAGCUGGAUCUGCUGCAGCAGCAGCGUCCCCCGUGCGUUGAGUGGGGCCCACGAGAGCAAGACCCUCCUGGACGGGAGCACGAGAGACUGCAAAUGAAACUGGCUGAUUUCUGCCAAGAGGAGUAUCUCUUGCGGAAACAGGAGGCCUGCCGGAACAAGCUGAGAGUGGAAAAACAGCUGGGCAUUCGACCGGCAUCAGGCGAAGGCGACCGCUGGCGACUCGUGCCAGCUGGCAUGGGACCAGGUGGGAAGGGCCAAGAGAGGGGGAAUCCCUGGGCAUCUCGCAAUCGUGACAAGCAAGAGGUUCCUGUUUAUGAGAACCACUGUGAAAAGAAGUCCCAACCUGCAGCACCACCUGCUGACGCAACCAAGAACCUCGACUAUGAGAAGGAUCCCAUAGCAAGAGAAGACUAUCGGAAAAUCUUGCUGCAGAACAGGAAUGAGAGAAGAGCCAACAAGGAGAAGUGUAAAGGAAUGAAGUUAGCAUUUGAGAUCCCGCUGCACAGGGAUUUAAAUGAGGGAGAGCUCAAUCACGUAACCCCAGAGGAGGUGACGGAGCUGAAUAGCGCCCUGACCUUCCAGGAGGGGGCAAAGCUGCAGUUCAGGAAGUGGUCCUUUCAGGAUGACGGCAGUGUCCUGAACGUUCUGUUCAAAGGGCAGCUUGAAGAGACCGCAUCAAAGAUGGAAGCCACGUGUCCCGAUGUGGACGUGGUGGAGGUGUGGCCGCAGGAUGCUGGACAUCGAGGCCAGUGGAAGGGUCCCUCCCAGACAAUCAUGCAGGUGCUGAGCAAGGCAGCCCUGAGCACCAUCUGCCCUUCCAUAUCGGAGAGAGAGGAUGAAGAAGAUAUCCAGCCAUCAUCAGCCAACUCGGGGACUGAUGGAGCAGAGAAAUUGGAAGAGGGAGAUGAUGAAAUGAAAGAGGAUGGAAGAUCAGAUGACGAGGACACAAAUUUUGGAGACUCAGAUGAUGAAGCAAUGCAGGACCUCAAGGAGUCUUUCCAGAAGUUCCUAGAAAACGAUUUUGAAGAGACGUCAGAGGGUAAAGAAAAUGACCCAGACAAAGAGCAGAACGGCCAGGACAUUGCAGGAUCUGCUGCAUCCGAAACAAAAAACAGAAGCUCCCCAGAGUCUGGGAAAAUAGAGAUAUCUAAUGAGCUUGAGGAAUGUGAUCAAGAUGGAAGUAAAAACUGUUAAGACUACUCAAAAAUCCAUGUGCAGAAUAUAUAGUUCGUUAGUGUCUCUUUAUAUUUUUGUAUGAAUAACAGUUAUUUAGAGACAUGCAUAGAAAUGGUAACUUCAUGUUUUUGGCUAAUUGAUUCCACAUUAUUUUCCUUGCCUUUCUGUACAAAAGAAAACUGCUGAUACCGCUUAAGCCAGGUUUCUACAAAUGUAUGUGUAAUGAUUCCGAAUGUGAAGAAACUCCAAAUCUAUACAGCAGUCGUCAAUAAUAAAGGCCCUCCUAUAAUGAGGGUGCAUUACAGGUGAUUGAAUUUCAAGGCACGCUCUUCCUCUGACCAUAGCUAUCACUCUUUUAAGUAAUAGGCUUUUGUACCCAAAUAUUGUAUUAUCAAAUUGACAAAAUGUGUUUUCCAUGAAAAUCCAAUAAACCUAUUAGUAGUAGAAAAGGAUAUUCCCAUAAGUGGAUGUCCUGCCUUUAUUGCUUUUUAGGUGCUGUAUAUGCACACAUAUGUACAAAGCGCAUAUGUUUGCACAUGCUUGCUGCAUCUUGUGUAUGUGUAUUCUAUCUUACAAUUGUGAAAAUCUGCAGUAUAUACGGAGCAUGCUUGUGACAUUACAGAACGGUUUUGUCCAUGAUGCAUUGGUACAUGCAAAGUAUUGCUUAAUUCCCUAGCCAUAAUGCAGUCAAUAGUUCUGUGCACAAUAAAAUAUGCGUGGAAUAUAAUGGUGAAUGUAGUUUCAUUGAAAGUGAUUCUAUAGAUCAUAACAUGUUUUAUCAGUGGAUUUAUUACAAAUUAUGACAAGCCUUAAUUUAACGUUCUGUAGUGUAUUCAAGUCUAAUUUCUUGACUGAUAUACUUUUAGCUGACUGCUCUCAAGUUGGAGUAUAGACUACAGAAUUACGUUAAUUUACAACUUUGGAAUAGAGGCCAUUAUUGGUGUUAGCCCUCGUGAGUAAUUUAGGUAUCAUAAUCACCAGUUCCUGUAUUUAGAAUUCCGAUUAAACGCGAGAACAUCGUUCUCUUAGAGCACUACAAACAACGUACGAAUUGUCUGUUUUGUUGACCGUUUAUCGUUAGCAAUUGUUAUGGUCAUCUAUUCAUCAUUGCAAGGCCGUAGCCAUGGAGUCAACAUUGGUGGGGACCUAAUCUUCCAGGGGGUCUGGGGGUCCCACCCCAGAAAAAAAUCCUAAUUUUUAAACUAAUUUCCUGCAAUUUCCUGCCUAAAAUAUAUUUUUAAAAAUCACUAACACAUAGGAUGGACGUUUUAUUUAUUUAUUACAAUGUCUAAUAGUGUAUUGUAUUACAUUUCUGUUUUUCCUUUUUUACCUUUUCUUGUUUCAUUGUAUGUAAUGGCAGAGAUUCGGGAUUAAUAAAGUACAACCAUAACCACAAUCAUAUAAACAGAAAUCUAUUUUAUAGCAAUAUAAUUACGGCCUUGCAUCAUUGGGGGGUUUAGUGGUUGCACUUGGUUAGCAAACUAACAUCAGUGGCGGAUGAUGUCAGCACCAUUCCCAGCCACCCCCAUUCACCCUCCCACACUGAGCAGUGUGAUAAUAUAUAGUUAAACAACCCCUAAAUGACAUGAUCUAGGGAGGCCUUCAUCCAAAAGUGGAUUGGCAAUGGGGUGUAAAUGAUUUAUUUCACAAUUACACCACAAAGAGCUGCUCAAAAUAUCAGUCAUUUAUUCAACUGGAAAUAGCUCGCGAAAAUGUGCACAGGCACAAUUGUAAAAUAAAUCUGGACAUGAAUACAGCAUUGCAGUUUUUAAAACCUGAGCUAUGAGAGAUUGCAAUGUUUUGAGCUGCCUGCCAAAAUAUUAAGUAUAAAACUCGCAACAAAUAUGGAUAUCAAAUGCCGUGUAUACAUAUGAUUGAAAAUUACAUUGAUACCAAUAUUUACUUUUAAGUGCAAUUGAUGCUGUAUAUCAAAUAAAUAUAAUAUUUGCUGCAUCUGUGGCAUUUGGUACCAUGUGUUUUUUCCCUAAUGAAGUACUGUACUG